AUGGGCAUCAUCUCCCAGCUUCGCUCGCUACGCACCUCCCCUCCGCCCCCUGGAAACCCUCCAACCCCACCUCUCUCCUCCAGAUCUUCUCCCCUGUCAUCCAGGCCCUCCAGACCCCGCCUCAUACGUCAAGACUCCUCUCCCUCGCCCAGUCCCACCCCAAGCCCCCUCAAACGCUCCGUUCGCACCACCGAGAUCUCUCAGCCCACCCUACUCUUCAGCCCCAACUACACGCCCCCGGCCUCUGACGUGAAGCCAAAGCCGCUCUACCCCGAACAUCGGAACAAGCUGCAUAAGGCAAAGUCUGCUGGGAUACUCAACAACCUACCGAGGACACCGCCAGACAAGGAGGUGGAUGCAAAGGCUGGAUGGAGAGGGAGAGUAAGGAGCGCAGAAACAGACAGCAAAGGGAAGCCGACUCUUCCCCUCACCUCGAUCAGCGAUACACCUCCCAGACUUCCUCCUCUAGGCCUGCGCAAGUCGCCCUCCACCCCCUUGAUCCGACGCAAACCGCCCCCAAAGUUGAGCCCGGAAGAGAACAAGAUGAUGGGCAGAGGCGGGGGUGAAAAAGGAUGGGGGCUUAUCAGUGUAGAGGAGUGUGGUGACUGUGAGGGGGACGAAAGCGAGAGUCGGGAGAAUGGCAAGGAACCCGAAAAUGGAUAUGGGGGAGGCUAUGGCAAGAGAAUCGUCAAACGAGGACUGACUGCACCACCACCACUACUUGAAGUAUCAACACCCCUUGGCACGACCUUCUGUCUGAACUCCCCCACCGGCCCUCUCAUUGUCCGUCUCGCCAAGCCGCCCUCUCAUGGCCAUAUACACCUUUCUCCUUCAAGCGCUGGUGCCCCUCCAACAUCUCCGCAAUCUGCUUCCAGGCGUCCACUUCCCCCGCUCCCUCCACUUCCUCUAGAACAUCGCAAGGAUACAGAGGCGGAGAGAAGACGGGUGGAGGUCGUCCAGCGGAGGAAAGGCUGGGAACCUCCCCGGAAGUGGGAUCAGAAGGUGUUUGUCCCUCCGCCCGAGCCUGUACUGGUGCCCACAUAUCUCAAACCGUUCAAACUGCAGGGAGGGCCGAGGCCGAGGAAGGUCCAUACGAGGACAGUUUCAAAUUGA